AUGGAGGUAUUUUUAGGUACACAUGCGCCACAAGAGCUAGGUCCCGGCAAUGUGUGGGUGACUUUGACGUUCGCACAGUCCCAGGAUGGGAAAAUCGCUGGGGCAAACAAGAGGCCAUUGCGUCUGAGUGGCGAGAAAAGCAUGAACAUGACACACCAUUUGCGUGCGAUGCACGACGCCAUCCUCGUUGGUAUCGGCACCGUGCUCGCUGAUGACCCUCGCUUGAACGUACGGCUGGACAACUAUUCAGGUUUGUCUCCUAGACCUGUGAUACUCGAUUGCCAUCUUCAAAUGCCAUGCGAGUGCCGUCUUCUUCAGCGAGUCCCCCGCGCUGAUCCACUUGUGCUGUGUGCUGAGCCGGCAGAUCAGAACGCUCGCAAAGCAUGGGAAACGCGGCGGCAGGCACUUGAGCACGCCGGCGCUCAUAUACGCACCGUCGAGACCUUUACAAAUCCGCAAGGCAAGCUCCAUCUCGCAUGGCCAUCAAUCUUACAUGUUCUGGCGCAUGAGCAACUACAUUCUGUAAUGGUUGAGGGUGGCGCAGCUGUGAUCGAUAGCAUACUCGCUUCGCAUCAUCUCCUACACAAAGUCAUCGUGACCGUAUCACCAGUACGUGUGGGUGAAGACGGCGUUGGGUAUACAGCGACUCCGCUUCAGCAUGCACCCUAUCUACAACACAUCGACACUCUCGAGCUGCCGCCAGACACCGUUUUUGCAUGGGAUGUCGUCCCUUGCUAG